AUGCGCUUUCUUCUCGCCUCUGCGCUGCUGCUACUGGCAUGUGCGGAUGACAGCUUCUACUUGCCGCCGCUGGAGGGAAAGCAAGGUCCGGAAGUUGCCUUGAUCCUGGUUCAGGGUGCCAGCUCUCCCGUUGCGGGAUACAAGCCCGUGGGCUUGGCAAUCCAGCAGGCCUCGUCCUUUAAGGUUUGGGUGGGCGUUCCCCAGCACCUUUUCGACAUAGCUGAGUUCCAGUUCGACAGCAAGGUCGAUUCCAUGCUGAAAGAAAUGGAGAAGGCCGGCAUGCAGGCCGACCACAAGGUGCUCAUGGGCCAUAGCCUUGGCGCUGUCGGCUGCCAGUAUUACGGCGCAGGUUCUGGACAAGGUAAGGUGGAUGCAAUGGUGCUGACGGGAAGCGCGGUCUUGCGCAAGUACCGUGAUUCUACGAAGCUGCCGCCCACUCUGACUCUAGAUGGGGAUCUGGAUGGCCUCCUGCGCAUCACGCGCCAGGCGGAAGGCUACUUUCACCAGGUUGUCAAAGUCGGAGGAGCUGCGGCCGGAAUGGACCGGCCCGUGGUCUUGCUCGAAGGCUUGAACCACUGGAGCUUCAGCUCGGGCGACCUCCCAUCCAACGUCAAGAAGAACGAUAUCCGAGCCGAGGUGUCUGUCGAAGCUGGACAUGCAAUGAUUGGCCAAGUCGUCUCCGACUACUUCACUUCCUUGUUCGGCUCUGGUUCGAUCAAAGAGGCAGCGCAACAGAAGAUAGUUGACGCAGUGAAGAAGACAGGGGAGAUCCUGGACCCGCUCCUGGCUGCCAUGCACUUGGAGGGGUACCACUAUCUGAACCCCCCUUGCAACAGCGACUUCCCUACCAACCCCACCUGCCAAUACCCCAAGUAUCCCGACAAGUCGCUGCUGCCGCCGGCCGGGCCGCCAAAGCCGCUACCUCCAGCAGAUUGCACUUGCGGCAGUGAGUGGGUCGCCAGCGUGGCUGCCAACAUCGUUGCUGGGUUUGAGCAGACGCCUGCCGCCCAGUCGAAGCUGGUCAGCAAGGACGCUUUCCACGAUGUUUCCGAUGUAAGGCCGUUCCACUUGCCACACAUCUUCGAACCAAAGCCCGGAACUGCGUGCACGGACCCUGCGAAGUGCUAUAUCAAUGCCACCACAGUGUCGAUGCCAAUCUACGACUUCAAGGACGACUUCGAUUUCGGCCUUUGGCCCGUAACUGCCAGUGAGUUCCGUACCAAGUUCAAGUCCCGUGAAGCUUUGCAACAG